AUGAAUGAUAGAACAAUUGAAAGUGUAUUGGCCGUGGAUCCGGCUACAAUGAUCAUCAAGGAGUGUAUUAAUCUCUGUUCUGCAAUGAAGAAGCAAUCUAGAGAUAAAUCGCGAACUAGCGUAACUGCACUACUAGGCGGUGGGAGUGAUAUGUUUAUAAACCAAAGCGAGUCAUUUGUUGACAGUUUCCAUAACUUAGCGAAUUCCGAACACCAUGACCCUCUGAUAUCUGGCUUAGUCGAACUACGGUUGAAGAUCAAUAAUUUGAAGGGUUCGGAUGAAAUAAAUGCUCUGGAACUUUUGGACCCAUUUUUGCAAAUUGUUAGCGCUAGUUCGGUAUCGGGAUAUAUCACUUCUUUAGCUUUAGACUCGUUACAGAAGUUAUUUACAUUAAAUGUUAUAAACAAAGCGUCUAUGAAUAUUCAAAGCGCCAUCAGAGAAACCGUGGUUACCUUAACACAUUGUAAAUUCGAAACUUCAAAGCAAUCAUCAGAUGACUCCGUUUUGUUGAAAGUCGUAAUAUUAUUACGUUAUAUUGUGAUUUCUUCCUUUGGAGACUAUCUUUCUGAUGCCAUAAUCUAUGAUGUUCUCCAAACCACACUCUCGUUGGCGUGCAAUACCCAGAGAAGCGAAGUCUUGAGGAAAACAGCCGAGAUUACAAUUGCGAGAAUAACCGUUAAAUUAUUCACAAAGUUAAAGCUAUUGGAACCGCCUACAAAAACUGAAAAAUAUAUUAACGACGAAAGCUACACUAAUAAUGAUUUAAAGGAUGAUGUUAUAGGCACUACCGGGUCUGAUGAUGAGUUGAUCAGUACUGAUGAUGAUAAUGCUACUGACAAUCAUAAAAACAAGGACCUCAUUGAUCCUUUAACCAAACACCAAGAUAAAGAUGCACAAAAAGGGAAGAAAGACGACGAAAUUGAACCAAAUUACGGAAUAUCCGUUAUCAAAGACUAUUUAGGGCUACUAUUAUCCUUAAUAAUGCCAGAAAAUAGAAUGAAGCAUACGACUUCGGCCAUGAAAUUAUCGUUACAAUUAAUAAAUACCGCUAUUGAAAUAUCUGGUGACAAGUUCCCCCUCUACCCUCGUUCAUUUAACUUAAUUUCUGAUCCAAUUUUCAAAAGUAUCGUAUAUUUAUUACAGAACUCAACCCAACACUCUCUUUUGCAAGCCACUUUGCAGCUGUUCACGAGUUUAGUAGUCAUUUUGGGCGAUUAUCUUCCUAUGCAAAUUGAGCUGACUUUAAGGAGGAUAUUCGAGAUUCUAGAGGAUAAGAAGGGUGCCGAUGAUGCGACCAAGCAGAAAUCACCUGCUCUGAAGGAAUUGAUUAUCGAACAGCUUUCUAUACUAUGGAUUCACUCUCCCACUUUUUUCUUACAAAUAUUCGUAAACUUUGACUGUAAUUUAGACAGAUCAGACCUUUCGAUCGACUUCAUAAAGGCAUUAACAAGAUUUUCUCUACCAGCAGCCGCAAUAACUACUUCUAACAAUGUUCCUCCAAUUUGUCUUGAAGGAAUCGUUUCACUUAUUGACAACAUAUACAACGAUUUACAGAAAAUGGACAAGAAAGACUUUGUGAAAAACGAGAAAGAAAUUGAAACUUUAAGGCAGAGAGAUAGGAAAACUGAAUUUAUAAUGUGCGUUGAAUCAUUCAAUGAAAAGGCAAAGAAAGGUGUCCCAAUGUUAAUUGAGAAAGGUUUUAUCGAAUCAGACUCUGAUGAAGAUAUUGCUUCGUUCUUAUUUUUGAACAAUGGACGUUUGAACAAGAAGACUAUUGGUCUAUUACUUUGUGAUCCCAAAAAAACAUCAUUGUUAAAGAAAUUUAUUGACUUAUUUGACUUCAAAGGUUUGAGAGUUGACGAAGCAAUUAGAAUUUUACUUACAAAAUUUAGACUACCUGGAGAAUCCCAACAAAUUGAGAGGAUUAUCGAAGCAUUUUCAUCAAAGUAUUCUGGUGAUCAGAAUAUCGAUGAAAUAGAGGUUGGGGAAGGACACUUUGAAAGCAAUUUCACAUCUGUGGCAGAGGAUGUCACUAUUCCUGUGCAGCCUGACGCAGACUCCGUGUUUGUUCUAAGCUAUUCGAUAAUUAUGCUGAAUACUGAUUUCCAUAACCCCCAGGUUAAGGAGCAUAUGUCCUUUGAGGAUUAUUCUAACAAUCUACGGGGUUGUUACAACGGUGAGGAUUUCCCUCGCUGGUACUUACAGAAAAUAUACACGUCUAUCAAAGUAAAAGAAAUAGUUAUGCCCGAGGAGCACCAUGGCAACGAUAAAUGGUUUGAAGAUGCCUGGAACAAUUUAAUAUCUUCGGCAUCUGUGAUGACGGAAAUACAAGAAGGCUUCAAAAAUCCCAUUUCCAGACUAGUUCAAACUGAGCUUAUUCAAUAUGAAAAGGCAUUUUUUUCAAACGUGGGUGAAAUUAUCACAAAAACUUUAUUCAGCAUAUUCACAAUUGCUUCUAAUGAUCAAAUAUCCUCGCGCAUCUUGGAAACCAUAAGCAGAUGCACUUUCAUCAAUUCUUACUUUUCUCUUGAUCAAUCAUUUAAUGAUAUUAUUCUUCGCCUAGGGGAAAUGACAACACUGGCGUGUACGAACACAAAAGAGCAGCCGUCAGACGCUGAAAGUAUACCUUUAGUGGAAAUAUUUGUCGAAGAUACCGAGUCGAAAAUAUCCGUCAGUUCCCAAAGUAUAAAGCUCGGAGAAACGUUCAAGGGACAACUAUGUACUGUAACUUAUUUCCAAAUUAUUAGAGGGAUAAGUGAUCCAACAGUCAUUUCUUCCGAAUUGUGGACUCAAGUUGUGCAAAUCAUUUUGAGAUUAUUUGAAAAUUUAAUGAUGGAUUUGAAUUUAAAGUUCUUUGAAAACUUCCAUACACUCCUAAAGCUUCCAGAAUUGCCUUCACCAGAACCAGAUGUUGCGAUCCGCAAGGCGAAGAUGAGUAGAAGUCUUUUGUCCACCUUUGCGUCUUACUUGAAGGGUGAUGAGGAACCUUCGGAAGAGGACAUUGACUUCUCCAUCAAGGCUUUAGAAUGCGUAAAGGCUAGCAGAGCGUUUAGCUCAGUCUUUGAACAUAGCCAAAUCAUAACUCCUCAGCUUGUGGAAAUACUUCUUUCUUCGCUUGUGGUUGACAAAACUAAUGAAAAUUCUCAGUAUUUUGAGCAGGAGCUUCUUUUUUUACUAGAAAUAUCCAUCAUUUUGGUAUCGGAGGUUUGUUAUGGGAAAGACUUUGGCCCAUUAAUUGCCGAUCAUGUGGUCAAUAUUUCAAACCUUGACGGACUCUCUAAAGAGUCUAUUGCAAGAUGUGCUUCAUAUAAGAUGUUCUUGGUGUCAAAGUUGAACAAUCCACAGAAUAUUUUGAAUGAUCUAAUAAAACAUGACUUUUUGGUCAAAAAUGAGAUAUUUAAUGCGAAGUAUUACGAAAGCGAACUGGGGAAGCAACUACUGUGUGAUUUGUUCACACAUUUUGAAAUGCUAAAAUAUGAUCAGGAAAUUCUCAAGGAUGUAAAAUUUUGGAAAUUUGUAAGGAAGCUUAUGUCAAACGAAGGCAACCGAUUGAUAGUAUAUCAAUUUGUAGAGAAAUACAUUCAAAAUGGUGAAGUAUUUUUAGGUGAUGGGAACUUCAUGCACAUAUUGGGUCUGCUUGAUGAAAUGUCGUGUGCUGGCGCCAUCGGUAGUAAAUGGGAACAAAACUCUGGAGGUUCAGUCGAAGAUGGAGAUCAACCACCAAAAAGUAGCCCCUACCGUUCCGUUGUUGAUAUUUCCAGCCGAUCUAUUAAUAUUACUGCAGAUCUGCUUUCAAACACUAAGGGAAGGGAUUAUACACUUAGUAAGACUGAAAUUAUAGCUGCUAUUCAAGGCUUGGCCCAUCAAUGCCUCAAUCCUUGCAACGAAUUAGGCAUGCAAGCAUUGCAAGCAUUAGAGCGCCUUUUAUUAUCCCCGACGAACAAGCUUCGUAUGGGAGAAGUUGCUCUAGAUACUUUGAUAGAAACCGGACUCCUGCCGAUUUUUGAAUUGGAUGAAAUUCAAAAUGUUAAAAUGGAACGAAUUACUGACAUUUUAUCCGUAAUUUCUAAGAUUUUUUUACAUGAACUGGCAAAAGGUAACACAAAUAACGAAACCUUUCUGAGGGUUCUGAACGUAUUCAACAAGUAUGUAGAUGAUCCUACAGUGGAAAGGCAGUUGCAACAAUUGAUUAUAUCCAAGAGAGAAAUUCAAAACGAGGAUACGGGUGCUGACGUAACAUUGCAAAAAAAUACCGAAAAGUAG